AUGGCCAUAGCCAUAGAGGAGAGAAAGACAAGAGAGGAAGGGGAGAGACAGCUGAAAGAGGAUAGAAAGAGGAGAGAAAGGAGAAAAAGACGAGAGGAAGGGGAGAGACGGGUGAAAGGGGAUAGAAAGAGGAGAGAAGAGGAGCAGAGAAAGGAGAAAGAGGAGAGAAAGACAAGAGAGGAAGAAGAGAGACGGAUAAAAGAGGGGAGGAGCAAAAGAGCAAGGAGAAAGAGGAGAAUCGUAGAAGGGAGGGGGAGGAGGGAAAGGAGAAAGAGGAGCGGCAGAGAAGGGAAGCCUACAGCAAGGCAGAGAAAAAGGGAUUUAUCUAAAUUAAAAACCUACGUCUACAGAACCCUGAGAGACAUAGCCAUAGAAAAUGAUGGUAAUGCAGACUGGUUGAAUAUGUUGGAGGUUGCAGCCAGUUGUGCACCAGCACCAUCAACCAGGAUCCAGAGAAUAAUACAAGAAAUGGACUCAAUGGGUAUUGAAUUGCGAUUAGUAGAUUAA